GAGACAGCGCGUUUCAGCCAAGCAGCAAGUGGAUGCAGUCGACACCUGGCGGGCUUGCAAGCUGAGCGGCACGCCACCCAAAGACAAGAAGGGAAAUGCCACUGGCACACAGUAUUCGUACAACACUGUGUACGGGUGGUCUCGCAACUACGACAAGCUGGUCGAGCAGGCUGCCAAGGGAACUGCGACCAAGUUGGCUCGAACCCGUAGGGGCUGGUUCAGGCAGAACCCCUUGGUGCAGGAAUUUGACCAGCACCUUUGCAGAGCUCUGAAAAAGCAUCGCAAAGCUGGCCGCCCAGCGAAUUCCGUCACUGUUCUCGCCAUGGCUGAGAGCAUAUACGACAAGGUGGACAAGACAAGAGAAGGAAGGAACCUGCAGUGGCCGCGGAACAGGAGGGGCGGUGAAGUGUGGAGGCCCAAGAUGACCUGGGUUAAGUCCUGGCUGCAGGUCCGUGGCUGGAAGCCGCGAAAGCCGACGAAGAAGAGAGGCUCAACGCCCGCACAGGACAGUGCCCUCAUGCAGCGCUGGCUGGACAAGCUGCGGCACAUGGCUCAGAAGCAGCCUAGCUGCGGUGACAACACCUGGUCAGACGCAUGGGGGUUCUUUUCGCCUGGGGAGCGGUUCAACAGAGACCAAGUCGGGUUCAGUUUUGACUACACUGCGGCAGGGCGCACGUGGGCCAGCCCUGAGGAGCGGACCACCGGCUGCGUUCAAGUUGUGACCGGCAAGGCCGGAUGGGAGAAGAGGUUUUUCACAUGGGACAUGUGCUACGCGGGAGAUUUGAAGCAGGCGCAGCCGCCCCCGGUGCUUUAUUUCUUCGGAGCCGGCAACAUUUCACAGCUUGAGCGGGCCUCUUACGACAAGGAUGUGAAAGUCUUCUUCACGCCAAAGGGCUAUCUCAAUGAAGAUGCAAACCAGUUUUGGACGCAGUGCUGGAAGGAGCAUGAGAUGGCCAAAAUCGGCACUACGGUCUUGCAUGGGGAGCCCAACGGGACGCAUUGUUGGCAGGCCAUCGACCGGCAUAUUGGCAAGACCCACAAGGACCUGUUCCACCAGAUGCAGCUUCACAGAUCUUUGGAGGACUUCAAGUCCUUCCAGCACCUGUCUGCCAAGGACCGGCGGAUUUGGUGCACGCAUUGGGUGGGCGAUCUGUGGAGACAUUAUUGCCAUGAAAAGGCUGCAGCUCACGCAAACUGCUGCCAAUGCAGCGGGCUAUUGAUCAGACUGGACGGCGUUGGGGAUGACCGCGUCACUGUGGAGAGCAAUCCAGUCUUUGCUGUUCAGCCAUACCAGUGCUGGGAAGGCAGGGAGGAGAGCAUCCAAAAGAGCUGGCAAGCGCCUGCGCCCUUCGAAGAAGACGCAUCCGGGUCAGACUCAGACUCAUCCUCAUCCACAUCCAGCACUUCCUCCAGCGACAGCGCUGACAGCUGCGCAAGCCAAGCAGUUGCGCACGCAGUGGCGCACGCAGCGGCGCACGAAGCAGGCCUGGCUCAUGACAAAAUGGACCUGAGAGCGCGCAGCCUGGUCCCCCGGCUGGUUCAUCAACUGAGCCCCAGCCUGCAGCUGGCUCAGGCAGCACGGCUUGGCCAGCAUGGAGUGAAGCUCGAUCAUCCAAAGGCUCUUGCUGGCAAGACAGUGCCCUGGGAUGAGCUCAGGCACUGCUGCAGCGAGCUGAAAGUGGAGCUGCCAUCCAAAGAAGACAUCUAG